AGAAGAAAACAGUUCCUCGUUGCUUGAAAUUGAAAAUCAAGACAAAAAUGUUCACAAUUAAGCUCCUUCUUUUUAUUGUUCCUCUAGUUAUUUCCUCCAGAAUUGAUCAAGACAAUUCAUCAUUUGAUUCUCUAUCUCCAGAGCCAAAAUCAAGAUUUGCUAUGUUAGACGAUGUAAAAAUUUUAGCCAAUGGCCUCCUUCAGUUGGGACAUGGUCUUAAAGACUUUGUCCAUAAGACGAAGGGCCAAAUUAAUGACAUAUUUCAAAAACUCAACAUAUUUGAUCAGUCUUUUUAUGAUCUAUCGCUGCAAACCAGUGAAAUCAAAGAAGAAGAAAAGGAACUGAGAAGAACUACAUAUAAACUACAAGUCAAAAAUGAAGAGGUAAAGAAUAUGUCACUUGAACUCAACUCAAAACUUGAAAGCCUCCUAGAAGAAAAAAUUCUACUUCAACAAAAAGUGAAAUAUUUAGAAGAGCAACUAACUAACUUAAUUCAAAAUCAACCUGAAACUCCAGAACACCCAGAAGUAACUUCACUUAAAACUUUUGUAGAAAAACAAGAUAACAGCAUCAAAGACCUUCUCCAGACCGUGGAAGAACAAUAUAAACAAUUAAACCAACAGCACAGUCAAAUAAAAGAAAUAGAAAAUCAGCUCAGAAGGACUAGUAUUCAAGAACCCACAGAAAUUUCUCUAUCUUCCAAGCCAAGAGCACCAAGAACUACUCCCUUUCUUCAGUUGAAUGAAAUAAGAAAUGUAAAACGUGAUGGCAUUCCUGCUGAUUGUACCACCAUUUAUAAUAGAGGUGAACAUACAAGUGGCAUGUAUGCCAUCAGACCCAGCAACUCUCAAGUUUUUCAUGUCUACUGUGAUGUUAUAUCAGGUAGUCCAUGGACAUUAAUUCAACAUCGAAUAGAUGGAUCACAAAACUUCAAUGAAACGUGGGAGAACUACAAAUAUGGUUUCGGGAGGCUUGAUGGAGAAUUUUGGUUGGGCCUAGAGAAGAUAUACUCCAUAUACUCCAUAGUGAAGCAAUCUAAUUAUGUUUUACGAAUUGAGUUGGAAGACUGGAAAGACAACAAACAUUAUAUUGAAUAUUCUUUUUACUUGGGAAAUCACGAAACCAACUAUACGCUACAUCUAGUUGAGAUUACUGGCAAUGUCCCCAAUGCAAUCCCGGAAAACAAAGAUUUGGUGUUUUCUACUUGGGAUCACGAAGCAAAAGGACACUUCAACUGUCCAGAGGGUUAUUCAGGAGGCUGGUGGUGGCAUGAUGAGUGUGGAGAAAACAACCUAAAUGGUAAAUAUAACAAACCAAGAGCAAAAUCUAAGCCAGAGAGGAGAAGAGGAUUAUCUUGGAAGUCUCAAAACGGAAGGUUAUACUCUAUAAAAUCAACCAAAAUGUUGAUCCAUCCAACAGAUUCAGAAAGCUUUGAAUGAACUGAGGCAAAUUUAAAAGGCAAUAAUUUAAACAUUAAACUCAUUCCAAGUUAAUGUGGUCUAAUAAUCUGGUAUUAAAUCCUUAAGAGAAAGCUUGAGAAAUAGAUUUUUUUUAUUUUAAAGUCACUGCCUAUUUAAGAUUAAACAUACAAUCACAUAACCUUAAAGAAUACCAUUUACAUUUCUCAAUCAAAAUUCUUAUAAUACUAUUUGUUUUAAAUUUUGUGAUGCGGGAAUCAAUUUUAGAUGGUCACAAUCUAAAUUAUAAUCAAUAGGUGAACUUAUUAAAUAACUUUUCUAAAUAAAAAAUUUAGAGACUUUUAUUUUAAAAGUCAUCAUAUGAGCUAAUAUCACAACUUUCCCAGUUUAAAAAACUAGUUUUCUUGUUAAAACUCUAAACUUGACUAAAUACAGAGGACUGAUAAUUGUACAGUUCUUAAAUGUUGUAGUAUUAAUUUCAAAACUAAAAAUUGUCAGCACAGAGUAUGUAAAAAUAUGUAAUAUAAAUUUUUAAACUGAUGCUUCAUUUUGCUACAAAAUAAUUUAGAGUAAAUGUUUGAUAUGAUUUAUUUAUGAAACCUAAUGAAGCAGAAUUAAAUACUGUAUUAAAAUAAGUUCGCUAUCUUUAAACAAAUGGAGAUGAUGACUACUAAGUCACAUUGACUUUAACAUGAGGUAUCACUAUACCUUAAUGUAUUUGUUAAAAUAUAUACUGUAUACAUUUUAUAUAUUUUAACACUUAAUACUAUGAAAACAAAUAAUUGUAAAGGGAUCUUGUCAGAUUACAGUAAGAAUGAACAUAUUUGUGGCAUCGAGUUAAAGUUUAUAUUUCCCCUAAAUAUGCUGUGAUUCUAAUACAUUUGUGUAGGUUUUCAAGUAGAAAUAAACCUCGUAACAAGUUACUGAACGUUUAAACAGCCUGACAAGCAUGUAUAUAUAUUUAAAAUUCAAUAAACAAAGACCCAGUCCCUAAAUUAUAGAAAUUUAAAUUAUUCUUGCAUUUUUAUUGACAUCACAACAGAUGAUUAUGUUAUUUUUAAGUAAUUUAAACCCUAAAUCCCUAAAGAUUAGAUACAAAUUUUUUACCACAUUAUCACUUGUCAGAAUUUAUUUUUAAAUAUGAUUUUUUUAAACUGCCAAUAAGAAAUUUUAAAUUAAACCCAUUUGUUAAAGGAUAUAGUGCCCAAGUUAUACGGUGACCUACCUUUGUCAAUACUUAGCAUUAUGUAUUUCAAAUUAUCCAAUAUACAUGUCAUAUAUAUUUUUAUAUGUCACAUAUAUAAAAGAUAUGUAUGAUCUAUGUGAAUCCUAUGUAAAUAUUUUGUUCCAGAAAAGCACAAAAUAAUAAAGGUAAAAAUAAUCUAUAAUUUUCAGGACCACAGACUAAGCUGUCAAAAUUAACGUUGAUUUUUUUAGGGCCAGAAUACCAAAAUGGCUCCUCUCUUCCCCCAAAUUGGACAAUUUCAAAUGCAAAAUAAUUCAUUAUUUAAUAUAUGAGUUGCUUCCUCUAUUUGGUUUCCUUAAAAAAAAAAAAAAACUCUCAUAGGACAUGUUUCAUUUUGUUCCUUUCAGGAGUAGCAAAUUAGACUUUUUCCCCAUAUAAAGCUUUUUUCUACCGGAAAGAUACUUCUGGUAGAAGAGAAAGGAGCUCUUUUCUUUAUGGUUCACACGACUGUCUCCUGUCCUCACUACUUUGCUUAAAGUGCUCAAAUUCCAUCACUAACUCACAGUUGUCUAAUCUAAGCGAAGUCUAAUCCCCUUUGAUCUCUCAGACUACCUUCCCUUUCAUCUCUCUACUACUUACUAAUACGAAUAUCUUUUUUUCAAACUUGACCUUCAUUUUGCUUUCACAAUACUAUACUCUCCAUGGAUUAUCCCUUACGUGAAUCCAUCUUUAUAACCCUAUUCCUUUCUCAUAUUUAGUACUGUGGGCCAAUGGACAACCUUCAAUCAUCUUUUCUACACUGACCCUCAGACAUUCUAUCUGCUCUCACGGACUCCUUUAUUUACCAUGAAUAAAGUUCCAAAAUCUACAUAUUCAUCCCAAGUCUCUUUCCAGUUCCCCUUCUUACAUUGCCUAUUUGCCAUUUCUCCGUUCAAUACCCUAUACUUCACUCAAAUUCAACAUACCAAAAAUAACAGGCCGGGCACGGUGGCUCACACCUGUAAUCCCAGCACUUUGGGAGGCUGAGGCAGGUGGAUCACCUGAGGUCAGGAGUUUGACCAGCCUGACCAAUAUGGUGAAACCCCGUCUCUACUUAAAAUACAAAAAUUAGCCAGGCAUGGUGGCAUGUGCCUAUAGUCCCAGCUACUCAAGAGGCUGAGACAGGAGAAUCGCUUGAACCCAGGAGGCGGAGGUUGCAGUGAGCUGAUAUCACACCACUGCACUCCAUCCUGCGUGACAGAACGAGACUGACUCAAAAAAAAAAAAAAAAAACAAAUUCCCCAGCCCCUUACUGCUACUGCUAUCCCUUUCUACCCACCUUUCCCUCCUUUAUACUCUUUCACACCAUCUUCCUUCACUUCUUUAUAUCCAUUAAUAUGACCAGCAUGUUCCCAGUCACAGAAGCCUGGAACCUGGAAGACAUCUCUAGCUUUUCACUCAACUUUGUAAACUACCUCUUUUGUAUCAUAAGCCACCAAGUUCAAUACAAUCUUCUCUUGAAACGUCUCUUAAUCUUAUAAGCUUUCUUCCCCAAAGACUGUCUUUAACUUGAGUGCUAGAUUAUAUAAGUAGUCUCCUCUUUCCUCCUAAUUUUACAUCCCUCUCCCUGUCAAUCUUCCGGAAAGAAAUUUGUAAUGGCUGCAUACUGCCUGGACCUGUGUCUUUCAAACUCAUCUACUGAAGAAGUAUAACAGCAGAGGAUAAUGGAAACAAAUCCUUUUAUUGUCUGGAGUUACAGGAUAAAAUAACACUAUAUGCACAAAUUUCUUUCAGAAUCUUAUUGAGAUCUUAGCUUAAAUCUUAGAAUUUUACUUUAAAAUUGCAUGUGAAUUGUGUUUUAUACUUUAUAAAUCUAUCUUCAUGCCUGCAGUGGCUCACACCUGUAAUCCAAGUACUUUGGGAGGCCAGGGCGGGAGUACUGCUUGAACCCAGGAGUCCAAGAUCAGCCUGUGCAACAUGGCAAAACUCCAUCUCCACAAAAAAUACAAAAAUGAGCUGGGUGUGGUGGCAGGUGCCUGUAAUCCCAACUACUUGGGAGGCUGAGUCAGGAGAAUCGCUGGAGCCUGGGAAGUCAAGCCUGCAGUGAACCAUGAUCCUAACACUGCAUUCUAGCCUGGGCAACAGAGUAAGACUCUGUCUCAAAAAAAAUCCUCAUAUAAAAAUAUUUAUUUCCCCCCAAGUAUUUAAAAAGUGAUGCUCCUAGAAGAUGUGUCAUAUUUAUCCUGUGAACUUGCACGUCCCAUAUAGUUGUGCCCUCACAAGAAUGUAUACUCCAAUUAGAAGAGUAUAGGCCUUCGGAACAAAAUCCUAAAUCCUUCCAGGUUUUCAAAAGUCUCUAUCACCUGGCCCCAAAUUACCUCUUUAGCCAUUUUUUCCCACUACACAAACCUUCUGCUCUAAUCCAAAUGAUCUACUUUUAAACAUCUCCUCUAUGCCUUCCUAAUGUAUUCCAUUUGUCUAGAAUGUCUCCCUACACGUUUCUGAUUGGCUAGAUUGUGCCGUAUUUUAAGGUGCAGAUAUCGCAAUUCUUCCACAAAUAUUCUAGUAAAUGGCAGCUUGUUCCUCUGAAACCAUACAGAAUUACUGUCCAUACACCUCAAAUGGCACUUAGUGAGAAAAUACACAGAAGUAAAUACGGCAAAUCAUAAUAAUAAAAAUUCUGAAAAAUAGUACUAAAGCUCCAAAAGCAUCAAAGAUAGUCAAUUUACUUGAUUUUAGUGAAUUACUGAAAAAUUUCUAUAUCAAGAGUUUAUUUUGAACCAGUAUGCAUUUUACUGAAACCAAGUACACACAUAUCUCAUUAUGGGGUAACCUAGUGUAGUGUAAUCUAUUUACGUAUACUCCGUCAUCCUGGAAUCAGCAUAUUUUCAUGCUUGUAUCUUUACUUCCUAAUAGCAUAACUCAUGGAAGUCAACUAACUCAUUCAUUAAUUUUAGAAAUGGUAUUCAUUAAUCAAUAUUUAUUGAGCAUCUACUAUUUGUCUCCUUUAAAAAACAUAUUCCAAGUUUGUACUCAUAUAUACUCUACCUUCUGUUGUAGGAUAAUCAAAUUUCCUUGUGAUUUUUUUCCCAUCACUAACAGCCAUAAACACUGCACUUAUGUAUGUACUACUGAGUGAUUACCAAACAUAGCAGUUUUAAAAAUGAAAAGAAAGUGACCAAACAAUUGGCCCUUUUAUCAAAGUCCAAAGUAUUAUCAUGGCAAAUCAACUAGGGUAAAAUUACUUAACUGGUGCACAGUUCAAGGUUAUGAAAGUAGCAUUAACAAUCCUCUAUUAUAACCCUUAAUAAAAUGAGGUUUUAAUGACAUUUUAGGAAAUAUAAAAUAAACUUAAUUCUAUCUAAAAUAUAAAAGCUGUUUUUUCUAAAUUCAUGUUUAGUCCUAAGAACAGUCAUACAUCUAAUAAAAUGACUGGGU